GCGGAACCUAGUCACCCCACAACUACACAACCCGCAUUUCAAAGCGGUUUCAGCUGGAGUGGAUGUGGAUUAAUAGUGAAAAGAGUGACUUUAGGAUCGAGUGUUCCCAGUUGCAUGUGGAAUAAAGAAGCUGUGGGUCUUUCUUUUUUCUUUUCUUUUUUUCCCUUGUAAACUUCACCAAAAAAUUUUUUUGUGGACGACAGAUGCAAAAGUGAGGCCACUAGAGAGGGAACCGCACGGACGGAAGGGGGGAAAGUGGAACUUUGUUAUGGAUUUCGGAACUUUUAGGAUCUUAACGUGAUGCGCUUGUUGUGCCUACUUUGUGGCGCACCGCUAACUUCAAGUCACCGACUUGUGACGUGAUCUAAAAUCAUCAGGGAGUAGCUCUCUGAACUGUUGAUGCGACAGGAUGGAGUAACGCUUUUCUAAGAUUCAUUCUCGGAGGAAAUGGGAAGUCGUGUCACAUUGAUGGAGCGAACAACGGUUUUUAUAUACGGCGUGUUGAUCCUAAUCCUCGGUCUCUGUGUCGGAUCUCCCAACCACAGCCACCGACUGGUCUGCUGGAAAGCCAUCCUGAAGUGUCAUGCAGAGCCAGAGUGCCAAUACGCCUACAAUCAGUACAUCUAUGCCUGCGCGACUGUUUUGAGCGGGGAACGCAAAAAGUGCCCCAGUCACUGCGUGUCCUCUUUGAUUCAGCUCAAUUUAACCCGGAGCGGCCCGGCUCUGGAGGACUGCGACUGCGCCCAGGACCCGAACUGCAGAAACACCAAACGGACCAUCGAGCCGUGCCUGCCGCGGACAAGCACCAUGGGCUGCACCGAGGCCCGGCUGCAGUGUGAAAUGGACCCGCACUGCAGCUCUGCCAUGGGGGAUUAUUUAUAUCACUGCCGCAAACUUUUCGGUGGAGAAAGGUGCUCAGAUGCGUGUCGCAAAGUGAUAGCCAACAUGCGUUCCAUACCUAAAGCGCAGCAGCUGGACACCUGUGUGUGCGACGGCACCGAAAGGAACAUAUGUGAGUACAUCAAAGUCAGCAUGAAAACUUUCUGCUCCGACUCCAGUGACAGGUACGCGGGAAGCGGCUUCUCAGACUCCGAGGAGGACACUGAGAAUGAUUAUAUGGAUCUGGAGGAUGAGCCAUAUGUGGAAAACUCAAGUGACACCGCACAUUUUCAGACUGCUGUGUUCAAUACUCUGACUACUAUUCUGGUUUUAGCCAAAAUUAUCUGAAAAGAGUGGGAAAAGGUGCCUACUAUCGGGGACAGUUAGACCAGACAGGAGCCUAACCCGUGGGACUGGACACCAGAAACAGAGACCAAACUAAAAAUGUGUGUUCUUCUAAUCAGAACAUUCUAUUUUAUAACUCAACCAAAACCUUCUACUUCAUGUCUACAACAAUGUAUUUAAAAACAGGGCUUAUGACGUUUGUCAGUCACUGUUGUGGAUCAGAUAGUAGUUAUAUUUCAAUUACACAUUUAAAAAAAAACAUCUUAUACUUUUAAAGGAAGCUAUUUUUGUAUGUUGGUAUACAUAAAUUGUAUAGUAUAUUGUAAAAAAA